AUGGCGUACUGCUCUACAAGGCUGAGGAGCAGACCGACUUAUUCGUGGGUUGGCAGCCCAUUGUUGGAUCGAAAACUACACUACCAAACCUACAAAGAAAUGAGCAUGACAUCAAAAGGUUGUUCGACUGAGACUCGCAUCCAAGUUGGACAGUUUGUAUUGGUUGAAGGGAAUGAUGAUGAAAAUCCGUAUGUUGCUAAAUUGAUUGAGCUGUUUGAAGACGAUUCUGAACCUUAUUGUAAGAAACGUGCUCGAGUACAGUGGUUUAUCCGAUUCUGUGAAAUUUCUGUCAGUAAACACCAUUUGCUGGGCCGGAAGCCCGAUGUGCAGGAAAUAUUCUGGUAUGAUUACCCCGCCUGUAACAGCAACAUUGAUGCCGAGACCAUCUCUGGCCCUGUGCAGGUAGUAGCUUUAGCCCCACAUGAAGUGUUACCUACAGAUCUGAAAAAUGAGAAGACGUUCUUUGUGAAACUGUCUUGGAAUGAGGAGAACUUCAAACCACUAUCUCCAGAAUUGUUUGCAGAGUUGGAGAAGCUACAAGAAGGCAGUCCUAGAUGCCAGAAGUCCAUGGAAACCAAGAAUCGCAGCAUAGACAGCCCUUCUUGGACCACGGCAAAGCAUGGUGUCGAAAGGAUUGAAUUGAGGCACUCCACCUCCAAAUCUCACCAAGUUCCUACCCAUCUGGUUACCCCAAGGGCAAGGAAGAGGCUGGAGCUUGAAAGUUUCCCUGUGACACCUAACACUAGGAUUUCCCAGGAGACUUCGCGGGUGUCUUUGGAUUCUCCCAGAAGGACUAAACAGAAAGUGGCCUCUGAAAUCACCUCACCUUCUAAGAGGUCUCAGCCUGAUGGACUCCAGACCUCAUCUCCGGCUCUGAAAGCCCCAGAGAAAACGGGGGCGAUGCGACGCUCUUGUGCCGAGCACGACGAGGCUUCACGUGAAUGUCGCAUGAUCCUGCGAACCCGGGUCCCAGCUUUGAAAACCACAGAGAUUAGUCGGGAAAUAACACUUGACCCUUUCAGAGGGGGGAAGAGAAGCUCAGUGGUGCCUUCCGUGGUUCUGAAACCAGAAAAGAUAAAAAAGAGGGAGGCACAGACACCAGAAGCUCAGGAUGAAGCUACCUCUACUCCCCAUCGUAUCCGCAGAAAGAGUUACCUCUUGACUUUGAAUCGGAUUAGGCAGCAGCUUCGGUUUUUAGAUAAUCGCAAAAAUGACAAAGAAGAGGAAGAAUUUCUGCCCGCAGCAGAGAUUACAGACUCGGACAGUGAGGAGGAAGCGGCUUCGACACCACCCCUCCCACGGAGAAUACGCAGCUGUGUGUCCAGGAGCCCACACUCUUCCACGAAGUCAUCCUUGCACACCCCCUGCAAGACACCGAAGAAAACCCCCACGCCUAGAAUGCCACAUUCUGCCACUCCCCAGAUCCGCAACAGAAACCUGGCUGCCCGGGGGCCUGCCAGCGUGCUAGAGGAGGCCCGGCUAAGUCUGCAUGUUUCUGCUGUACCUGACUCUCUUCCCUGUCGGGAGAAGGAAUUCCAAGAUAUCUACAACUUUGUGGAAAGCAAACUCCUUGAUCAUACUGGAGGGUGCAUGUAUAUCUCUGGGGUACCUGGGACCGGGAAGACUGCCACUGUACACGAGGUAAUACACUGCCUACAGCAGGCGGCCCAAGCAAAUGAUGUUCCUCCCUUUCAAUACAUUGAAGUCAAUGGCAUGAAACUGACAGAGCCCCACCAAGUCUACGUGCAAAUCUUGCAGCAGAUGACAGGCCAAAAGGCAACAGCUACCCAUGCAGCCGAACUGCUGGCCAAGCGAUUCCGCACCCACGGGUCCUCUCAGGAAACCACCGUGCUGCUUGUGGAUGAGCUCGAUCUUCUGUGGACUCAGAAACAAGAUAUAAUGUACAAUCUCUUUGACUGGCCCACUCACAAGGAGGCCCGGCUUGUGGUCCUGACCAUUGCCAACACCAUGGACCUGCCGGAGCGCAUCAUGAUGAACCGCGUGUCCAGCCGGCUGGGUUUCACCAGGAUGUCCUUCCAGCCUUACACUUACAGGCAGCUGCAGCAGAUCCUCAUGUCCCGACUCAAACAUCUGAAGGCCUUUGAGGAUGAUGCCAUCCAGCUUGUUGCCAGGAAGGUCGCAGCCCUCUCUGGAGAUGCACGACGCUGCCUAGACGUCUGCAGGCGCGCCACCGAGAUCUGUGAAUCCUGCCAGGAGCCCGGCUCCCCUGGCCAGGUCACCGUGGCCCACCUGCUGCAAGCAGUGGAUGAGAUGUUCUCAUCGGCGUACAUCGCUGCCAUCAAAAAUUCCUCGGUUAUGGAACAGAGCUUCCUGAGAGCGAUCCUUGCGGAAUUCCGUCGAUCGGGACUGGAGGAAGCAACAUUUCAACAGGUAUACAGGCAGCACGUGGAACUGUGCCGGAUGGAGGGGCUCCCCUACCCCACCAUGUCAGAGACCAUGGCAGUGUGCUCUCGCCUGGGCUCCUGCCGCCUCCUCCUCGUGGAGCCCAGCAGGAAUGACCUGCUCCUUCGCGUGCGGCUCAACAUCAGCCAGGGGGAUGUGCUGUACGCCCUGAAAGAAGAGUGAAGAGCUUCACAAGGAAGGACUGUGAGCUGAUUUCAAAGAACCGGAUUUUAUUUUUCUAGCACAUGGACUUUUUGUGGCAAAAUAUAAUGAAGGGAAAUGACUACCAUGUAGUUUGGAAUUUUCUUUUAAAUAAUUUGAUUUUUCCAGAGUGUUUGGGAAAUUUCUAGUCAUUCCAGACAUCAGAUUAUAAAACCAAAUAAAACCUC